ACUAAGAAAAAUCAACACUUGCUACUUCUCUUUCUAUAAAUUCACACUUAUUACUAGUCCAUCAUUAAACAAAACGCGCUUUUCUUUCUAAGCAGCUUCGUCACCCACCUACCCACCAAACAUGUCGCUGCCGGAAUGUUCAGUUUCGCAGCUAGCACAGUUCAUCGGCCCCAACGCCACCAACGCCGAAGCCGCCGCAAAUUUCAUCUGCGACCAGUUGACAGCAGUGUCAAACAGAUUCGUUGACACACAAUUCGCUGUUGACAACACCUAUCUUUUAUUCUCAGCUUACCUUGUCUUCUCUAUGCAACUUGGUUUUGCCAUGCUCUGUGCUGGUUCAGUUCGUGCUAAGAACACCAUGAACAUCAUGCUCACAAAUGUUCUCGACGCCGCUGCUGGCGGUGUUUUCUACUAUCUCUUCGGUUUUGCCUUUGCCUUCGGAACACCUUCAAAUGGUUUCAUAGGAAAACAUUUCUUCGGUCUGAAGGAUGUUCCGACAGCAAAUUUUGAUUACAGUUAUUUUCUUUAUCAAUGGGCUUUUGCUAUAGCAGCCGCUGGUAUCACCAGCGGCUCUAUAGCGGAACGAACUCAGUUCGUUGCUUAUCUUAUAUACUCAUCUUUUCUCACAGGGUUUGUUUACCCUGUGGUUUCUCAUUGGUUCUGGUCCGGUGAUGGUUGGGCUAGCGCAACCAACACCGGCAACCUACUCUUUGGUACAGGAGUCAUUGAUUUUGCUGGCUCCGGUGUUGUUCAUAUGGUUGGUGGUAUUGCUGGUCUUUGGGGAGCACUCAUUGAAGGUCCACGAAUUGGACGGUUCGAUCACUCUGGUCGAGCCGUAGCUCUUCGCGGACACAGUGCUUCUCUUGUUGUUCUUGGUACCUUCAUGCUUUGGUUUGGUUGGUAUGGUUUCAACCCUGGUUCAUUCACCAAGAUUCUCAGUCCUUAUAAUUCAGGUACUUAUUAUGGGCAAUGGAGUGCGGUGGGGAGGACGGCGGUGACAACGACAUUAGCUGGUUGCACAGCAGCUUUAACAACACUUUUUGGGAAAAGGAUCCUCUCCGGUCACUGGAACGUGACAGAUGUCUGCAACGGACUACUCGGCGGUUUUGCUGCAAUAACCGCCGGAUGUUCCGUUGUAGAACCAUGGGCAGCAAUAGUAUGUGGCUUCAUAGCCGCCGUAGUUUUAAUCGCGUGCAACAAACUCGCGGAAAAGAUGCGUUACGAUGAUCCAUUAGAAGCAGCUCAAUUACACGGAGGGUGUGGCGCGUGGGGUAUAAUAUUCACCGCUUUGUUUGCUAAGGAAGAGUAUGUGAACCAGGUUUAUCCGGGUAAACUGGGUCGACCCUAUGGGUUAUUUAUGGGUGGUGGAGGGAAAUUAUUAGGGGCACAUGUGAUACAAAUUUUGGUUAUUAUUGGGUGGGUAAGUGCAACUAUGGGUCCACUAUUCUUUGUUUUAAAUAAAUUGAAGUUGUUGAGGAUUUCAACUGAAGAUGAACUUGCGGGUAUGGAUUUGACCCGACAUGGUGGGUUUGCUUAUGCUUAUGAAGAUGAAGGAUCACAUAGAAAUGGGACUCAAUUGAGGAAAAUUGAUCAUAAUUCUUCUUCCACUCCUACUCCAACUACAGAUUUGUGAUUAUAAUAAUUUAAAUUUGUUUUGGAUUUUUCUUACUAGUUAUAGUUUUUAUAUUUUUAUUUUCUAGAUCUAGAAAGGUAUUUUUAUUUGUACGGACAUUGUAAUUUAAAUUUGAUUGGUCGUACAUUACUUUGUGGUAAGGAAGGAUCCAACCGUUGGAGAUAAUGUGGAAAGUUUGGGUGGGUUGUUGUUUGUUGACUAAUCAUGUUGGCCUUGGAAAUGACAAGUGGUAGUAAAAAAUUGGUUCUUGGAAAAUGUCUUGGUUAUGAGUUUUUGGUUUUAUGGAUUAUGAUGUUUGUCAUUUUUUAUGAUUAUGAUGAUGUAAAUUGUAAGGAAGUCUUCCUCAUUCUCAAUCUAA